UGGGGCUCAAUCCCAGGACUCUGGGAUCACGCCCUGGGACAAAGGCAGAUGCUUAACGACUGAGCCACCCAGGCACCCCGUGGAGAUGUUAUUUGAAGCACUAUUUCUAUUAGUGGAAAAACUGGAACCCUCUAAACGCUUAGGUUAUAGCUAGGUUAGGCACGAAAGGGCCGUUUGGGGGAUUUUGGAAAAUGCCACAAUGAAAAACAGUGGAAAUAUUAGCCUCUGGAAACAUGCCUCUGUUCCUUAAGAGAAAAACAAAGCAAAACUUGCAUCUGUGAUGGUUCAAACGGACGAAACCUGCGGCCUGUGUAGGAAGAACCAGCUGCAGUUUAACAGGAGCGUCCCCGCACAUUCCAGCGACUUGGCCGUCCGCUACUCCUGCCCGCACGCGAUCAGAAUUGAGAAGCUGAACCACUCGUACAGCGAGUCGCGCCAUCAGCAAGACCUGGGUUUGAGGGGCGGUCCCGAUGGGAGCGGUUCCGCUUCGUUUUCCAUCAUCUCGGAGGAGAGGCUCAGCCGCGCCGUGCAGCUGGCCAAGAGAGACGUGAAGCGCAGGCAGCUGGAGGAGCACGUCCAGCAGCACCGUCUCAGGAGUGAGCCCCAGCUCUCUCAGAGGGGGGAACCCCACAAGCAGCAGAUCCCCGAGCACAGGGCGCCAAGGAAGGGACCGAGGAGCCGGGAAAUGUGUCGUUGCGCCCACCAGCCGUCCACGGUGGCAGCGUCUUGCUCCGGUGCCAAGGUGUACCUGUGCACACCUUGUCCCGCACGGUCCCCUCCGGCCGUGCCCCAGUCACCACCCACCCGCGACCCGGGGCUGGAGCCCCAGCCCAGGAUCAGCGGCCACCAGAGCCUGCAGGAAGUGCAGCGUCUCCAGAGGGAGUUGAACACCUGUAUCCAUAAAAUGGAAGAAGUCACUAAGAAAGGUGAGAGCCCCUGGUGUCUUCGCAGGGGAGCGGCAGAGUUCAACCCCUUCGUCCAGGACCCCCAUCCCUGCCCCACUCCGCCCCCACCUCC